AUCGAUUCAAGAGACAACACCAUGACGAGUCAACAGCUUUGGAACGUACAAAUGGAAGUUAUCUCAUCUCCAUGUGCGGCAUGCAUCGCUCCCCCCCUUCCCCACCCUCUCAGUCUCUCUCAGACACUCGAUCUCCUCACUAAGUGCCUGGAGCUCCCGCCGGAGGGGCGAGGAUAAGCAUGGACAAGACGGAGACAGCGGUCGGGGUGGCAGUGGCGACAAAGAGCCUGGUUGUGGUGCGGCAGAUGGCUGAGGGGCGACAGGUGACAUGAUGCUCUGCUCAGCCUGCAACAGACAACCAGAAAGAGGUUGCUGUCCUGACAUAACCCCAGCGCUCCUUAGGUUGACCGACCUGUGCCUCCCUCUCCUGAUCUGCCGCCCUUUCACUCCUUUUUUCUUGCGCGGCGACGCUGCGACGCCUCAGCAGUCGUGACCUGGGCCGAUCCAGCAGCCUCUCCAGAGCAGCCGCAUGCUCCACGUGAGCCUUAAGCAGCUCUGGCAAAUGACCAAGCACCGAGCUCAGGCCCCUACCAGCCGCCCCCCUUGCGCGCGAAGUGCUCGCGGGCGACUCGUGGCGGUCACACAGGGGAGUCGACGACUCGUCGGCCUCUCCCCUUCUCGAGCACGCGUCCAUCUCCGAGAACGCUCGUCGCGAUGUGUCGAUUGAGGCUGGGCACGGCGGAUGGCUGGUUGGUGCCUUGCUGGGGAGACGGGUGCCGGUUGUGAUGCGGCGCCUCAACGGAGUGGGGUUGGGGGUGGCGGGGCCUUCACCUUGGGGCUCAUUCUCGCUGUCUUCUGUGGCCACUGCCGCGCUGAUGGACGUCCGACAAGUGCUCUUGAGCAGAGACAAAGCCUAAAGAAGAGAGAAACAGGCGGUGCACGUGUACGAAACGAUUUGAUACGGAUGCGCACCUUUGAUCCAGUCCGCGUCCCAGCCCUCCGUUCAUCAGCCAUCUUGAGAACGGGAAUGUUGUCUAGCGCUAAAGGCGGCACCGCGCAAGCCCCUGCCCCUGGAUCCUGAGACGCCCUACUUGAUGGCAUCGACCCAGAGGACGACCCCCCCCAGGACCUCACUGAUGCCGAUCGAUGCAUCCUGGCAACGUGGGGCGAGGCAUCACUGACGUCGACGGCAGCGGGGGCCGGCGGGGAUGGGGGCUGGUGUUUGCGGAUCGAUGGAAUGGGCGCCGCCUCCUCAACAGCAUGAUUCGCCGAUAUGCACGCCAUGGCGUCGCCAUGUGCCAGAGCCCGCAGAGGUGCGCUGGGCUUUGGCUUGGCAGACGUGGGAGGCAGCGGGGGCCGCGACAAGUGCGACGGAGACUCCAUCUUGGCACCCGGCUUCGAAUGACCAGCAGACGCCGCAGCAGCAUCCCCACUGCCAUCGCUCCGCUGCUGAGGAGCAGCGAGGGGCGACGGUAUCUGCAGGCUGCAUGGCGGAGGGGGCUGUGGACGAGGAGGAGUGGAAGGGACCGGCGGUGGACUGAAAGGCCUGACAGAGAAACCGGACAGAAAGAGAAGAGACGAGCUGUGUUGCUGUGGGUGUGUCUCUCCCCCUCUCUCUUUUCUACGUACUCGUUCUUGAGCUGGUAGAGCAGCUCACAGGUCGCAUCACACGUAUGCCCCGGCAGCCAAGCGUCCGGACACUCAUCGAAUGGCCUGUCAUCCACCCGAAUCAGUUCUUCAACCCUCCCCCAGUCCCUCACACGACCCCUCCCCUUGUCUGACGCAUCAAAGUGCGGCUCGGCCGUCGGCAGCACCGGCGAGACCGACAAGGCCCCCAUCCUCUCUUGCUUCAUGGGCACAGGGGAUGGCGGCGGCCCAACUCGCCACUUCUUGGAGAAGAGGGGGAUGACCUGUGGCGAGGGGGAAUCGUUGCCGAAGGGAGAAGGAGAGGCGAGGGACUGGUUGGCAGGAUGAAGUGGCGUCUCGACCACAGUGUAUUGGGUCGGCAGCCGAUACAAAGGGCCAUCGGCAGGCCUCAGUGGGGAGGCGUUGCUGACAGGCUGUAUAACACACAGACACGGAGCAAGAGAAGUGUGGCGGCAAUUGAAUCCUCGUUUCUCAGUAUCCUACCUUUGCUCUUGCAUCGUCUCCUCUACCACUCUCCUGUCCCCUCCUCGCCCUUGUGCUACUCACGGGCUGCGCCUCCAAGACCUCUACUGGUGUCCCAUGACCCCUGGGCACCUUCGGCGGUAAGCCUACCACUCGUGGAAUCGGCCCCGUCCCAUCCUGUGGCCGGUGCGACGUCUGCGUGCCGAAGCGCUGCCUCGCAAGCCCAGCCAGAUCACCGCUUUCUUGCCUCGAUGAUGAAAGCACUGAGGGUGGCCUGGUUUCCGGCGGCGAUUGGCUGGAUAAGGCAGAGAGGGGAGGGGAUGGUGUGGCCUUCUGGAUGCCCUUGCUCGCAUGUGAUUGGUCUGUAGCUGCCCUGCGAUGGAGGUCCAGGGGUGGCGGGAAGAACAAGGCCUGCCCUCGAUGCACCAUACGAGCCGACGACAAAGCCAUUCUUCUCGGCUGAUCUCUUGAGCCAUGUUCCUGAAUGGCUGAAGACGGUCUUGUAGCAGCAGCACUCUUCGCGUCGCGGUGCUGCUGGCCCUGGUGGGGCGGUAAGCUCCUGCUGUCGUGCAGCGGCGCCCAUCGCCCACUAUCCCCUUGUCUAUCUUGCAGUGGACGAAGCGAAGGACUUCUAGAAGUGACGGGCGUCGAGGCGCCUGAGGUCCUCGGCCGGAUGGGUGCAUGAGGGACGGCAGAAGCAGGAGGACAGGAGUGGUCAUCCAACGAAGUGGGCAAACGAGUAGACGGCGUCGCGUGCUGUGAAGAGGGUCGGGGCGCGGAAGAAGAAGUCACCUUCGGCCUCACAUGGAGCCUGUCAACGGCACACAUUGCAUCAUGCAUUGUGUUUGCACUGGUGAGAAUGCGUUCUGCCCACCUCUCAUCCCUUUCAAUGGCAGCAACGAUAUCUUCAGCCCUCAUGUCCAAGAGAAAGGUCUGAAUGACGUUGUCCUCAGCCAUGGCGUUCGCGCGAAAGGAACCA